CGCUCGUCAUCCUCCUGCCCGCCCUCCGCCAGAGAGGCUCUUCCACGACAGCCAAGGGGUGCAACAGUGAAGCUUUGUAGCAGGUGAAGUAGACAUGGCGUCGACUUGCUCCCGACAGCUCAUCCGAGCCUCUACCCGACGGCGACAUGCAUGCUUCCAACCUGCCUCCGCACGCGCACCCGUCCCCUCGCGCAACUUCUCCUCCUCACGCCCGCUCCAUGAACAACAGCACCGCAAAGAGUCUUUCCGGUCGCGGCUGGGAGCAGCCCUGGGGAAGACAAGAAUCAAGUGGGAGCCGAUACCAAUCGCCCUAGGAGUUGGCUUCUUGGGCGCAUUCCAGUUGUAUCGCAUUCAGAGAAGAGAGAAGCACACACAGACAGAGCAGGACAGGGGCGAGGAUGUGGAUCAGCACGGUCGUCCCAAGCCGCGCGAGAGGAUACGGCCUAGUGGGCCGUGGACUGUCCAGGUCAUGUCGACACUGCCGCUGAAGGCCCUCUCCCGCCUCUGGGGCAGAUUCAACGAGAUCGACAUCCCAUACUACUUCCGUGUCCCCGGUUUUAAGCUCUACUCUUUUAUCUUUGGUGUCAACCUCCACGAAGUCUCAGAACCUGACCUCCACGUCUACCCCAACCUAGCCGCCUUCUUCUACCGCACGCUCAAGCCCGGCGCCCGCCCACUUGAUCCCAACCCGAACGCCGUGCUCUCUCCCGCAGACGGCAAAGUCAUUCAAUUUGGCACCAUCGAGCACGGCGAAGUCGAGCAGGUGAAGGGAGUCACAUACAGUCUCGACGCUCUCCUCGGCUCGAACCGUCCCUCGAAAGCUGAAGACAACGUCGCCAACUCGCAGGUCCGCUCCGCCCAACACAUCAAGACCCCCAAAGACCAAGAAGACACCGUUCGCGCCGACGAAGAAUUCGCAAACGUAAAUGGCAUCUCCUACACCCUCCCCAACCUCUUCUCCGGCCCAUGGCCCAAGGACGGCAAGCCAGCAGAAAUGCCCACAGACCAGUCCACACACUCAACUCCAUCUUCUGAGGCAGAAGUCCGCGCCGACCUCGCCCUCUCUGAAUCCGCUCGCCCCUGGUGGGCGCCAGCAUCCCAGAAGACACCCACCGCUCUGUACUACUGCGUCAUCUACCUCGCGCCCGGCGACUACCACCGCUUCCACUCGCCCGUGUCAUGGGUCGUAGAAUCCCGCCGCCACUUCGCGGGCGAGCUGUACUCGGUGUCGCCCUACCUGCAGCGCACCAUGCCCGGCCUCUUCACACUGAAUGAGCGCGUCGUUCUGCUUGGGAAGUGGCGCUGGGGUUUCUUCUCCUACACACCCGUCGGCGCGACGAACGUCGGUUCCAUCAAGAUCAACUUCGACCGCGAACUGCGCACCAACUCUCUGACGACAGAUACAGCGGCCGAUCGUGCGGCAGAACAGGCUGCUGCACGUGGCGAGCCGUACUCUGGUUUUGCUGAAGCCUCGUACGGUGGUGCUAGUCAGGUUCUGGGUGGGCAUUCGCUGAAGAGGGGUGAGGAGAUGGGCGGUUUCCAACUCGGUUCUACCAUCGUGCUUGUCUUCGAGGCGCCCAAGGGCGUGCGACCCAGUCUUGACGAAGGGUACAAGGGCGAGAGGAACGGUGGAUUCGUGUGGAACAUUGAGCAGGGCAAGAAGGUCAAGGUUGGUGAGGCGCUGGGUGUUGUGCAAGAAGUCAAGCACUGAGAAGUGUUUUGACGUUACUGUUCUGGGAUAGAUACCACCUGAGUAUAUUUGUUGUAUAUUGUAAGAUACGCAGCGAUUGUCGAUAAUAUAG